GUUACUCGAUUACGUUCAGACGGCUUGAGCAAUCGGAAUGAAACCUGUUACAUCUUGUACGGCAUGUCUCCGGGGUGGUCUCAUUAUCAACAAAUUUUGGGAUUUCUUAUUUUUUUACCUGUCUUUUUUUUGCGAAAAACCGAAAAAUUUUGUAUUGCUUCUUAUUCCGAAACGAAUUGACCAAUCGGAUUGAAUCUUCUUGCAUAUGAUAGGCCUUCGUUGCCUCUUAAAAGCUUUAAAAGAUAUUUGAUCUACUUCCAUUUUUUACCACUUUAUUACACAUUUUUUACACCAUGCAAUUUCCGCAUUUGAAAUUUUGCAUCCAGCCGAUAGUUUUGGAGUUGGAGCUCUGUAUCACUUAGACUGGGACACCCUGUACAUGGAAUGGAAAACAAUCUUGCGUGAAUUUCAUAAAAAGUCCGUAGCGAACUUCGUAUACGAUACAUUUGUUGGAUUUCCCGAUCGAGUACAUUCUGCGAAGUAUGUGUAUCGCUGUUUUCUCGGUGGAUGCGUGCCAAACUCGAUUGCUUGCGACGAUUACGUCGAUAUCGUGACAGGAGCAUGAACAGCUUAUCAUGGAUCCAUUCGUCGAAUUUUGCGCGAAUCGUCCCCGUGAACUGACGGUGAUCAAACGUUUUAUAGGCGUCAAUGGGAUAUCACAGUCAGCAAAAUUCUUUCUGGCAGGACAAGUACAACUCGCCGCAAAAUUCUCCCGAGAACGGUGUCCAAAUACGUUCGAACAGCGGAUCGCCCCAACAUCUGAGCUCAUCCACCGACCAUUCCGCCAGUUGCCAGCCGAGCAGCCUGAAACGUAGGGCUGGAGAGCCGUUGCAGCAAGUCACAGAGCUUGAAAAGAAGCAUGCUAGAAGGAACGGGUCUGUCGGAAGCAAUGGUUCCGGGCAAGGUUGGUCGACACAAGUGGAGGAACUGGCAGAACAUCUUGCCGCUGAUUUCGAUGGAUCUUUAUCAGCGCUCGCAGCAUCCGACCUCGCGACAGCCGUCGCCUCGUAUAACAUGAGGUAAAUCUAAUUUUUUAAA